AUGGACCCUACGCCCGCAGUCGCCGCCCCCAGCCUCUUCUCCCUCGCCGGCCAAACCGCACUCAUAACCGGCGCCACGCGUGGCAUUGGUGCCGCGUGUGCUAUUGCCCUUGCCGAGGCUGGCGCCGACAUCUGCCUCGUCGUCCGCCCUGGAACGACCCAGUGCGCCGCGGUCGACACCAUCGCCGCCACCGGCCGCACCGUCAAGACCGUCGAGUGCGACCUCUCCGACCUCGAAGGCGUCAAGCGCGUCUUCCAGGCUGCCCUCGACGCCAUGGGCGGCCAAAUCCACAUCCUCGUCAACUGCGCGGGCAUCCAGCGGAGAUCCCCGGCCGUCCAAUUCUCUGAAUCCGACUGGGACGACGUUCUCAAUGUCAACCUGAAAUCGGUCUGGUUGCUCUCCCAAGCUGCUGGAAACCAUAUGGUUCCUCUCCGCCGCGGGAAGAUCAUCAACUUCUGCUCGCUGCUCACCUUCCAGGGCGGUUUCACCGUCCCGGCGUACGCUUCAGCCAAAGGCGCUCUGGGCCAGUUGACCAAGGCCCUCAGCAAUGAAUGGUCCAAGGAUAACGUCCAGGUCAACGGCAUCGCUCCAGGGUACAUUGCCACCGACAUGAACGAGAAGCUGCUCGCAGACCCCACGCGCCUCCGCCAGAUCUCAGAGCGCAUCCCCGCCGGGCGCUGGGGCGAGCCACGCGACUUUGCCGGCCCCGUCGUCUUCCUCGCCAGCGCUGCCAGCCAGUACGUGUGCGGCGAGAUCCUCGUCGUCGAUGGGGGGUGGAUGGGCCGGUAA